UGCGCAGCGGACCGUUACGUGCAGUUAACGCAUUUACUCCUCCUCUGCUCUGCUCGCCUGUUCUGAGAGGGAAAAUGCAGCCUAUGUGGUUUCCUUCGAAUAUGCACCUUCACAGCGGGUAUAAUUAGGGUUUUUCAGUUGGGCAACACACCUGCCUUUCAUUACCUUUCCUAGCACACAACUGUAAAACGUAUCAGAGCACGUCCACCAUGAGUGGAGGCGUGACCUUUGUAGUCCUCACUGUGUACACUGUGGACCUCCUGCACUCAGUGGAUGCUCUGCUGGAGACAUUUUCUUAGUUCCCACGAAAGGAAAAGUUCCCUGCCUCCACAAACUGCUUUCAUUCUGAGUCACUAGAGGAUUUAGAGGAUUUUCUUCGAACCACUCAACCACAGUAAUAGUCAUGGCAGUCCAGCAGCAGGUUGUUUCAGUGACAACCCACACAACCCAUAGUUCUGGAACAUGGACCACAGGCCUCUGCGACUGCUGCUCAGACAUGGGCACAUGUUGCUGUGCCCUGUGGUGUUUCCCCUGCCUACAGUGUCAGACUGUUUCUCAGUUCGGCUGGUGUUUCUGCUUGCCCCUUCUGGACUGCUGCCUGACCGUCUCCUGCUGCCUCCGCAGCAAGAUAAGAGAGCGCUACGGCAUUCAUGGCUCCUGCUGCGAUGACUGCUGCACACUGUGUUUCUGCUACCCAUGUGCCUGGUGCCAGAUGUCUCGCGAGAUAAAGAUCCGUGCUCACGCCACAACUUCUACUGUAGUUACUCAGCAGGUUCGUGCCUAAGCGGACUGCUGCACAUACCUGCUCUUUUCCUGUUCAGAUAUAAAAGUUAAUGUUCAGAGCAUAUAAGAGGGAGACAAAACCAGUGUAUCUUAAGCAUCUUAAGCUAUGUAACAACUAAUUAUCUUAAUAAUGUAGUAACUCCCUUUUAGUUCUUUUAGGAUGUGCUUUAACCAAAACAAAUCAGUUCAGUUCCAGGCAGAUUGUCUUGCUGUUGUUUUUUUUUUUGCUUUCUUGCUUUUGUGUCUUCUUGCUACAGCUUUAAUACUUUGCUAAAUAAAACAUGGGAUUGUUAAGAAA